GUUCAUUGACUCAUGUCUGUGACUGCGUGGCUGAGUUUAUCACAAUCCUACCAACAAUGGGCAACUUGACUUCGUCGUGUGCUUUAGUCAAAGAAGUCAAUGCAUCCUACAAUGCACCAAUAAUACUUGUAACCUUUAUCCUGGGAUUUAUUGGAAACGUCGUUGCUUUAUGGAUCUUCAGUUUUCAUGUGAAAUCUUGGAAACCAAACACAGUUUAUUCACUGAACCUGGCAAUUGCAGACACUAUGUUAAUCUGCUGUUUACCAUUUCGAGGAGAUUACUAUAUCCGGGGGAAGAACUGGAUUUAUGGAGAUGUUCCUUGUCGUCUAAAGAUAUUUUUUAUUUCCUUAAAUCGAGCGGGAAGCAUCAUGUUCCUCACAGCGAUGGCGAUCAAUCGGUAUUUUAAAGUGGUCCACCCUCACCACAGGGUGAAUACGACGUCUACAAGGUGUGCAGUGAAGGUAGCCGGCAGCUUGUGGAUUCUGGCCGUGGCAAUCUGCUCACAUCUUUUAACAGAACCUCACUCCUUCGAGCACGACGACCUGACAUACUGUGAACCCUUUGAUAUGUCGAAGCCUCUACGUCCCAUAACAAUUUGGACCGAUAUUGUUUUUAUUCUUUUCAAGUUUGCUAUCCCGGCUCCGAUUAUCCUCUUCUCCACGUCCUGCAUCAUCUGGAAGUUAAACCAGAUAAAAACUAAAUCAAGGAGUAAAUAUAAACGAGCGAUGAAGCUUGUGAUCGCUGUGGCUGCAGUGUUUGUGCUUUGUUUCUUACCCACAAACAUUGCUGUUAUUGCUGUGUUAAUCACGAAACUAAGAGGCGCUAAAGGCUGUAAAUCAUAUGAGACAGCUGUUCAUGUCUUUUAUAAUACACUAUUUAUGACAUAUCUGAACAGUGUCCUGGAUCCAGUUAUUUACUACUUUUCAAGUUCGAAAUUCAAAAGUGCUUUAAUGAAAGCAAUUGCUUCUGUUAAGCGAAGUUGUUCCAAAUCAGAAACUGAUAGUGAGAUGCAUCCGACAGAAACCACCGAUCAAAUAGAUGUGGGUCAUCAUUUAAAAAGGACAGCAGUCUGUAAUAAGUAUGAACAAUCCCAGUCUAUGUCUACAUUGUCUGCAUCAUCUAACUUUUAAUGAUCCGAUGUGUCAUUAAAGUAUGGUCUACAUAUUCUUUUCAAGUUUGCUAUCCCGGCUCCGAUUAUCCUCUUCUCCACGUCCUGCAUCAUCUGGAAGUUACACAUUGUUGGAAAAUGCUGAAAUUAAGUAGAUUUUGUGAUUUUUAAAACCAUUUCCUCUAUUUCUGGCAAAAUCGUGCUAAAAUAAACUGCGAAUUUUGAAGUCA